GAGUAGGUAGAGGGCAAAUGGCUGCCGUGCGGGUGAAUAAUAAUGCGUAGACAGUGCAAGGCGAGUGAUAAAAACCGUGAUAAAGUGCGUGUACGAUGUUACUGAAGGGCCGAUUAUCGGAGAAGAAGAACCGGAGGCAUCAUGGGAAAAACACCAAAGCCACGGCCGGUAACAAUGCAGGAGGCAGGUCGUCAGCGGUGACAGGAUCUGUUCAAAGGAGCACCGUCACGUCGAGCAACCGCGCACACUCAGCCACUCGACGGAUCAGCCAUCAGCAGCGUCAGCAACAGCAGCAGCAGCAGCGUCAGCAACAGCAGCAGCAGCAGCGUCAGCAACAACAGCAGCAACAGCAGCAGCAACAGCAGCAGCAGCAGUCAAGGAUACCAUUGGGAUCCUUACGAAACUCGGAUGACCACGCGCCAAGAGCCAGCUCGGCACAGGACGUUUGCGAAAACUCAAACGAUUCCGGGCUUGGCUUCGAGGAACGUCAGCAACACCUUUCCACCGCGAACGCUUGGAACGGUGCCGGCGAGGAGGACUCGAAGAGGAGGAAAAUGGACAUCAAGCUCGAGUCCGAGGACGCGAACUUCCCGUUCCCGGAGGUGACCGCGCACACAGCCGCCAGUCCAGAGAGCAAAACUGCUAGCAGAAGCACUACGGCGAACGGUACCAUCGGUUUGGCAACGAUCUCGAGCAGCAGAAACGGGAGGGUCGUCGACGUUCCUAGAUCUCGUCCGGGGAUGGGUGUGCUUGCGAAGAGGCCACCGUCCGCCCACCAAGGACCGAUCACCCUCACCUCUCAGUUGUGUAGCGCCUCCGCGGACGGGAAAGUCCAAUUGCAAAUCAUCUGCCAGCCGGAACAGCAACACCGUGCUCGCUACCAAACGGAGGGCUCCAGAGGUGCUGUGAAGGACCGUACCGGAAACGGGUUCCCGGUCGUUCGUCUGGUCGGUUACGACAAACCAGCGACCCUUCAGGUGUUCAUAGGCACCGAUCUUGGGCGUGUCGCGCCUCAUAUGUUCUACCAGGCUUGUCGCGUGAGCGGCAAGAACUCGACGCCCUGUAUCGAGCGUAAACUCGACGGGACGAUCGUGAUCGAAGUGGACAUGGACCCCACCAAGGACAUGAUGGUCACUUGCGACUGCGUUGGUAUCUUGAAGGAACGUAACGUAGACGUGGAGCAUAGAUUCCCGCAGGAAGCUGGUAUUCUGCAGGGUAGAAGUAAGAAAAAGUCGACCCGUUGUCGUAUGGUCUUCCGAACGACGAUCACACAUCCAGACGGCACCACGGAGACCCUACAAGUCUGCUCGCAACCGAUAGUCUGUACACAACCGCCUGGCAUCCCAGAAAUCUGCAAGAAAUCCCUCACCUCGUGUCCCUGCACCGGUGGACUGGAACUGUUCAUUCUCGGGAAAAAUUUUCUCAAGGACACGCGAGUAGUGUUCCAGCUGGACAACGAGGAUCUAUCGAGUAGCUUGGAACCGCACUGGGAGUGCGCGGUACUGCCCGACAAGGAGUUCCUUCAGCAGACGCAUCUCGUAUGCGUCGUGCCCGCCUACAGACGACAGGAUCUGGCGCCCACGGAAACGGUCAGCGUGAAAUUGUACGCGGUGUCUUCCGGGAAGACCAGCGAGCCCCAUAACUUCCUCUAUACCGCGGUGUCCACGCCACCGGAACCAUCUGUGGGGAAAGUCGAACCUAUAACUCCGCCUCUACCCACUGCGAAUGGCGAAACAAGUCUAGCAACCUCUCCUACGGCGGUGUCCCUAACGACAGGUGUACCAGCGAACACUCUGAUCAACCAAGCAACCGCAGGAACGCCGAAUUACCUGUCGACGAUGCAACCGCAACAACAAACGUCCCAAACCAACGAAGCUCUAAAGAACGAUCCCAGUCCACCGCCGGUUACGGCGUCCUCUCAGGUAACCCCAGUCAUGAUGUGGGCCGCGCAGAGUCCCAGUUGCCAGAACUCACCGCCCGACGUGAUGAUGCCGCCCCCAUCUUUGGUCGCGAACCCCCUUCUAAAUCGUAGAUCAUCUUCGAACCUUCAGUUAAUACUACCAGAUAAUCUGAAGACCGAGGUGCUCGACGAGAACAGCGAGAACAGUAUGAUCAGCGAGAACAGCAUGCAAAGUAUAUCCACGCCAACCGCGAACGGCUCGACGGGGACCAGUCCGUUGCAGCAACUAGUGAACGAGAACUCGAGGGAGACGUCCCAGCAGAACAAUAUGAUCAGAUCUGUGCCCGUGGUCGCGAACGGUUCACCGGUCCAGGAAGCGGUUAGCCUUCUGGGCGUGGUCGAUAUGAUGCGGAAUCAACACCCGUUGUCAAUGGUCACGCAUCAGAACACCUACGGAGGUAUGCACGAAUCGUCUCAAGUCAAAGUCUUAAGCCCCCAUCAUAUCAACAACGACACUAACCAAAUGUUACCAGCAGAGGGCAGUCCUAACGGAAGCCUUCAGGGUGGCGGAGUCGUUGAUCUACGUAUGAAACACCAUCAGUCGGAAUACGCCGCCCUCUCGAAUUUCGCCUCGUCGCCUAACGGGCAGCCGUUGCCUGCACAGAGCGGCCAUAGCGUGGAGAAAUACCUGAACCAUAUCGAGUCGAACGUGAAAGAGGUCGAGAAUCAAGAGAACGGUUACGUAGCAAACAUGCAGCAACGAGCUUCCAUUAUCGCCACGGGUCGGCAACCGCAACAAACACAAUCUUCCAAUAUGAUGGCUUCCUCCAAUCAAGGCGUCAAGCUAGAUAAUCUAGUUAAUUCCGCCGCGGAGACCCAUCAGCUUGUAUCACCGCUUCGAAACGUCAAUCCUAACAGCAGCGGCCUGAUGAGUCACGUAUCAGCCGGUGAUCAUGAAACGAUGUCGAGUUCUCAGCAGACCAGAAACAGCCCGCCUAUUCCGGUGCAGCCGAUGCUACUUGAAGCACUGAUGCCGUCUCAGACUGUUCAACCUUUAUCAGCAAACGGUGCCUCGUCUGUCUCCCCACCAACGGUUCAAGAGCAAACCGCCGGCGACAGUUUAAUGACAACCAUCAACGCUGCCUUAUUACCAGCGAUGCAAGAGCCAACAGUAUCAGCCAACGGUACGUCACCGGCUAACGUACCGUCGCAUAAUCAAUUACAAGUUACGAACGAGACUAUGUCGACAGCGACUGAUCACAUUCCCCAAAUUCAAGGUCUGACUCAGUCGGAUGUCGUAGCGAUGCAACAAGUACAACAGGUCGAGCAGGUUGUUGCUCAGGCGCAACAACAGGUCGAGCAAGUUGUUGCCCAGGCGCAGCAGCAGGCGGUGCAGGCGGUCCAGCAAGCGCAACAACAGGUUGUUCAGCACGUGGUGCAGCAUGCGCAGGUUGUCCAGAAAGCUGUACAACAGGUGCAGCAGGUUCAGCAUGUGCCCGCGGUCCAGCAGGCGAUGCAACAGGUUACCCAGGAAGUGUUUCAGCAGGCGGUACAACAGGCCCAGGCAGCUCAGGUGAUGCAGCAGGCGGUUCAACAGGAUAUUGGCUCGAUGUUAAAUCAGCCAGCUGGUUUUGUCGCGGAGGCCAGUUCCGCCCUUGCCAGUGGAGCUGCUCAAGAACCGUCGCAACAAAGAUUGACCACCGCCGCUGAACAGGCGAUUAACAAUGUUAUUACCAACGCUACUCAGGAUAUCAUUAACAAUAGACCUAUCACGACAACCACCGCGCACGCUAUCAUCGCGACAAAAAAUAUAUUGAACAGCGUGGCCACACAAAGUGCCCAGCUGAUGAACAGUGCAAUGGAGGGGAUACUGCCCAAAUCGCCGUCUAGCCAGAACAACAUGGUUGAACAAGUCACGAGUAAGUCACCGCCGGUUGCCAUGCCGGUGACACCCAGCAGACAAAGUGUAAAUCCGCCCAUAACAAACACCGCUGGCAACUCGGUCGGGACUACCAUUAGAAAGCAGGAGGACGGCAUGUUACCUCAAGAGCUGACGUCGAUGUCGGAACACGAUCUUCUGAGCUACAUAAAUCCAAGCUGUUUCGAUCCGCAGAAUGGCUUUCUUAUGUAGUGCCGCCGUAUCCUUGUCAUAUUCCUAAACACGAAAAUCGUAUAAUGGUAUUCGAGGUACUCGGAUACGGAAUAAGUGACUAUUUCCAGCCAAUCGAGUAACGGAAGUUUACAUAUGUUGGUUCGGUACGAGUUCUAUAUCUGUGCCACAUUGUCGUUUCAGACUUUGUAUGUGAUAGAAAAAAAAAAAACACAAAUCCUGUUUUGUAUGAUGAAAGAAUGGACGAAGUUUGCACCACCUUUGUAAUCGAAUCGACGAAUCUGUUAACUUUGUUAAGUAAGACGGGCGCAUGAGAGCGCGACAAUUAGGGUCUCUCCUCCCUUUAUUCUUCCUUUUUCUACGAAUUGUCGAUUGUGAUAAUUCAUUUUAUUUAUCUCUUAUUAAUGCCUUUUGCGCAUCCAGGUGCCUUUCCCCCUGCCUCCCUUGUCCCAACGCCGCUAUUGUAAAUGUAUCUCAGAAUUGGUAUUUCCCUUUUGCAGAGGAGUCGUGUUUAUUGUAUCCUAUUAAUCGACAAUGUACUGACCCCACUCAAUUCUACACGGAGCCACGAAAUUGAGUGUUUCAAAGGAAAGAAAAAGUUAGGUUUCCCUGAACCUUAAAGUAGACUACCGGAUCCUUAUGUUUCAUUGAUACAUCCUUCUAGUUUCUUUCUUCCCCCUUUGCCUUGACUUGAUUACAUUUCUAACAAAUGGAUCAUCUUGUUGU